GAGGUAGAGGGAGGUGGUGGGCGGGGCCUGUGAGCCUGGCAGAGAGUAGCGGAGAGGAAUGUAAACAGCUAGCAUCAUGCCCGUCCACUAGCCAGCGUCAGCGCACUGUGCAGACCUUCAACUGCUGUUGGUCUGACAGGACGUCUGCUGACAGAAGACCUUAAAUCUUCCGUCCUGCAGCUCUGACAGUGAAGGUCUUGAGCCGAGCAGACGAACUUCAUAUUUUUCUUCAUAUUUCCUGCCUUUAAUGAUCCUUAAUUUAUGACGAAGACGUGACGCCACUGGAAGCUGUGCGUAAUGUUCAGUCUCGGAUAGAUGUUCGUUUUGUGAAACCUUCAGCAGGCGGUGGACACGCUGAUGGAUAAGUAACUGUCUCCUAAGUGUGUCCUGGCGGCCAUGUUGGAGCUUCUGCCCACCACCUUCACCGCCUCGCCACCAUCUUAACUCAACCUUCUGACCAAACGGCUUGAAGUUGAGGACGUGUUUCCCUCAUGAAGGCCUCUGUUUCAUGAUCAUUUUUUUCUACACGUGUUGUUUGUGUACAUAAGGAGCUGGUGUUUGUCCUGUGAAACCACAGAACCUCGUUUUUUGUUUUGUUUUUUCUUUAGUGUCUAACGAUUGGCUCAUCAUGGCGGAGUCCAGCUCAAAGCCAUCAGCUGCCACUGACCUGCUGAUCGAACGCAGCAAAGAUGAGCCAACUGUUGGCUUGGAAAGCUUCUCCAAAGAACUGAUUGUAACCAUGACAGCACAAGGGUCAGACUUAGAAGCACCGAGCAGUAACGGCACCACCGACCAACCUCUUCCUGUUAAAGUCCAUAAGCAAGACGAGGAGGAGAAGGAGGAUGAGGAGGAGGCCACGCCCACACCACCAGAGUCGUCGCCGAGUCUAUCGUCUGAAAAUGGGACACUUACCACCGUCACCACAGAAGAGGAAGGUCUGUCAGCUCUGCUCCGACACAUCAGGACUGAUGGAGGGCCGGACAGAGGAGGAGAUCCAGGUCUGGACCUGGAUCUGGAGGAAAGCUCCUCGCUGGCGACAGCAGGCGGCUCAGACGACCAGCGGGAGUCCACCGACUCGGCGUCGUUCUCCAUCCCCAGUCUGGAGCUGUCAGACGGGGUCACGGCCACAGGAAACUCCCUGGACGUGGAGGAUGGCCUGUCUUCGUCCUACUCAGCUCUGGGUGUGGAAGGCUGCUCUCCAUCCACCGAAGUCCCCAGCCUGAAGGAGGACGAGGCGCUAGAAGCUGCUGGGGGCGCUGCUGUUGUUCCAGCAGCUGCUCCACCUCCUGCUGCUGCUGCUCCUCCAGCUGCUGCUGCUGCUGCCGCUGCCCCAGAGCCCGGACCCUCCAUGCCAGCGUAUUACCUGGUGAAGUGGAUCACCUGGAAGGAGAAGAAGACGCCCAUCAUCACCCAGAGUGAGAACGGACCCUGCCCCCUGCUGGCCAUCAUGAACACGCUCUUCCUGCGCUGGAAGGCGAAGCUUCCUGCUCAGACUGAAGUUGUCACUACUGAGGACCUGAUGGCUCACCUGGGAGAGUGUGUGUUGUCUGUCACACCCAGAGAGAAAACUGACGGCAUGGAGCUCAACUUCCAGCAGAACAUGAGUGAUGCCAUGGCGGUCCUCCCAAAGCUUUCCACCGGCCUCGACGUCAAUGUUCGCUUCACUGGAGUCACGGACUUUGAAUACACGCCAGAGUGCAUCGUGUUCGACUUGCUGGACAUCCCGCUGUACCACGGUUGGCUGGUCGACCCUCAGAGUACAGAGAUGGUGGCCGCUGUGGGAAAACUGAGUUACAACCAGCUGGUGGAGAAAAUUAUCGACUACAAACACUCUGCAGACAGCAGUCGAGUCGGUGAAGGUCUGGUGGCGGAGCAGUUUCUGGAGUCGACAGCGACUCAAUUAUCGUAUCACGGUCUGUGUGAACUCAACACGACGGCCAAAGAAGGAGAGAUCUCUGUGUUCUUCAGAAACAACCACUUCAGUACCAUGAUCAAACACAAGGGCCACCUGUACCUGCUGGUGACUGACCAGGGCUUCCUGCAGGAGGAGGGUUUGGUCUGGGAGUCUCUCCAUAACGUGGAAGGAGACGGAAACUUCUGCGACUCCGACUUCAGACUGUGUCAUCCUCCUCAGAGAGCUCCGCCUACCUCCCACCUGCCCCCCAGUGCUCAGGAGCAGCAGAGGCAGAUCGACCAGGACUACCUGGUGGCAGUUUCCCUGCAGCAGCAGCAGGGCGGCACCCCCGGACCCCUCAGUGACCUGGAAUUGGCCCGACAGCUCCAGCAGGAGGAAUACCAGCAACAGCAGCAACUCCAGCAGCAGCAGCAACAGCAGCAACAGGGAUCAAUGCAGGCAGCACAGCAGGUCAGAGGUCAGGGGUCACAGCAAGCCAGGAGGAGAGACAAAGACUCAGACUGUGUCCUCCUAUAGACUCUUCAUCAUCAUCAUCACUGUCUACAACAACGUUAAACUCCCCGAGUCCAGUGUGUCUGCAGUGGGGAGGUCAAACACACACAAACACACACACACAAACACACACACACAAACGCACACAGUGAGCUCGAUGCCAAACCCCAGUGCUUUUAUUCAACAGGUCACGGUUGGUUUUGUGUCAGAUUCCAGUUUGUAUAAAUGAGUGAAACGAAUAAAUCUGCCUUUACAAAGGACUAAACGUUUAUUAAUCAUCAAUAAACUCAACAACUGAUCAGUUAUCAACCUUUACAUAAGAACAACUUUGGGUUACCGACAGUCGGAACCAAGAUUUCAUACACAAAAUCUGAUAACUUGUUUUUGUUAAACCAAACCUGUAAAAGGAAGAAAUCUGGAUGUUUUAAAAUUUUGGACGGUUGAUCAAACAAAUCAAGACAUCUGAAGACGUCACUUGAGCUUCAACCCACUUAUCGUUAAAUGUGACUUUAAUUUGGGGUUUUUCAGGGUACGUUUAGGGCUGGAUGAAAUAAAUUUUAGUACAAGGAGUACAAAAAAUAGUAGAAUCAUCAUCCUUCAAAAACAAAACCUGGAAAUGCAGAAGCUUCGUGAAAAUUUCCUGCUCUGUUGAGAGCAUCUAAGCUUGUGAGCUUUUGUGUCAGAGUGUCUAAAACACUAGUUUCUGAGCUGCUGUGUUGAUUUUCUUCACAACAGGUAACCCUAUAGCAACUUAUGCAACAAUUACUGGGUCUGUACAGGGACCAGAAAACAGGAUGUGGGUACAAUGCUUGUGUUAGCAUUAUGAGCAAGAUGUAAAAUGUCCGUCUGUUAGAAAGUACACGUUACAGUUUGUUUAUAGAAGUAUUAUCUUGGUGCAAACCAACAUGAACACAGCAUGUUAACCCUCUGAACAAAGAGGUGUUUCUUUGUUCAUUGUGGGUUGAUUUUCCACUGCUAUAUAAAGUCCUGCACCUCUAUGGGAAUUAACCAUAGACUGUAUAUAAAGAUGGACGUAGCAUCUGGCUCCAAAAAUUAAGCCCACCAGGAAGUGUCAAAAACUUGCAACAUCACGCCGUCCGCUUGGGUUGGCUCCAAAAAGCUUUUUCUCCAUAGACCCCAGUUCAUCACUGGAAAAAAUAAAAUUUGAUAGACUGAUUUUCUACAGCUCAGGAUUUUUUUCCUGUUAGUUUUCAUGGUCAAAAUGAGAGAUCAGGUGGCUGAUCUUAAAAUAAAUUAAUACUGAAUUUUAAAUAAAUCGUUAAAGUUGGCGGAGCCAGGGGGCGUGGCUAUACUUGAUAGACAGUCUUGUCUGGAAUGAUUGACAGAUCCUUUAGGGCGAGGCAGAAGCCUCUGCGGUAAAAUGUGGGCGGGAUAAGAGAGUCUUCAGCUCUCAGUCUGGCCCGCCCAUUGACUGGUCCUGCCCCUAGUUGCUCUCCGGUCCAGCCAGUUUGAUGACGCUUUUUACGUUACUGGCUCCAAAAAAUCCAAAAUGGCGACCAGGAAGUAGCAAAAUCCAGGCUUCAUUUUCUCUGCGUUGAAACCAACGGGUGACGUCACGGUUAGUUCACGCCUGGAAUCAACAUCUGAUUAAUGAAGCAGAAUUACUGUGACGACUUGAAAAUGAGCUCAACAGCUUAAAGUAACGGAUUAAAUUACAUAACAGCAUUGAAAAAAUGUUGAUUAAAUGUAAAAAAAAAAAAAGCACAAUAGAAAAUGUUGUCCAAGUAUUUCAUAAAUAAUAAAAUAUCAGCAAAAUAAAAAUAAUGGCAAAAAACUGAGAAUGUUCCCUUAAAUGUCUAAAGUAUAUAUUAAUAAAAUGUAAAAAAAGACAAAUUAUGUGUAAAACCUAAAAAGUAUUAAUGAAACAAAUGAAAAUAAUUAAAAUACCCACCGAAAAAUGAUUAGAAAAAAAUGCACAGUUUAAAUGUUGAAAAUCAUGAAACUAGAAAAAAUAAAAGGUUAAAAUUAAAUUAGACAUUUGACAAUAAUUGAACAAACUGGAAGCAGCAAGUGUCCAGUACUAUAAAAUUUUUUUGACUUUACACGUUAUGUAUACCAGUCCCUCCAGGAUUUCGUGGGCGUUCUUCGUGAUUGUUGCGGUCGAAAAUGCCUGAAUUCGCGGCAGCUUUUCGAAAAAUUUGCGAUUAAAGUUGCGAUGUUUUAAGCUUAUUUGUUGUGAUGAAAUUGCGGGAGACAGUGACAAUUGCUAAAAAGCUGCAUUUUUUCCAGCUUAUAGAACAUGUUUCAACACUGUAAUUGACAAUAUUUAUUCCGAAAUUAAUUAUUUAACGUUCCAACCCAUUUCCACAAAAGCUGGCACACCAUGGUGGGAUAUUAGCAGCAGCCAGAUACUACACUGACAGUCAAUAGAAACUUUGAGAGCAUAUUUUUCAACAUAAUUUUCAUUUUGAAGCCCGAAACUGGAUUUUCUUCAUAUGAAUCAUUUGUUUAGCAUAUUGGCAUACAGAAACAGAAAUCUAAAGUUUCAAGAAUGAUUUCAAAAUAAAGAAUUUCACAAAAGAAAACGGCACCUGCCAAACACAAAGUCACAACAGUCAAUACCGAGUAUGGCCUCCAUUUGCUUCGAUGCAGGCAGCAAUCCGUCGGCGCAUGCUUUGGACCAGGCUUCUGAUUGUGGGUUGGGAACAGCCCAUACGCCGGGCUACAUCACUGUAGCUCAAACCGGCCUCCACCAUACCCAGUGCCCGGAGACGUUGUUCAUGUGAUAGACGCGGCAUGAUGCUGUUCACUGGACUAACAAUGGUGGCCUUUUUUGGGCCUUUAUGCCUUCAAAACCCAUUCUCAAAUUGUGCAGACACUCACUGAGUAUUGCUUGGUGUGUAUUUGGUUCACUUUUGCAAAGUGACCAACCCAUGUGCAAUGAAUCAUGACAAAAUGACAACUCAUCAUUAUCUCAACUACCAGGGCACUUGAUCAUCAGUAAAUCCACAAUGAAUAAUUACAGCCCCCCUACAAGUAGAAUUCUGUGUACAUUUCUACCUCAAAGUUUCUAUUGACUGUCAGUAUAGUUUAAUAUGAUGUAACCUAACUAUGCAGGGGGCGACAGGAAUUGAUGGGACUCAGAAACACCCCCACAAUUUAAUCAGUUGUUCCUUGUAUCAUUUCCGAUACAUCCACAGUGGUAGAUUUGUUGUAGGAUCACAAUCAUGUGAUCGUCACCAGGCCACUGAGGUACCGUUCACUUGUUGCCAUGGUUACCAUGCUGCCAUCAGAUGCCGUGCCGCAAUGAUUGCUUAACAAAUCGGUGGAUCCAAACUUUAGGCCGUAUCACUGCCGAAGUCUAAUUAUUUGUUCCUUGUGUCAUUUCUGACCGACCAUGAAAAUUUCAUCUAAAUCCCUGAGUCUGCUUUUAAGUGAUGUUUGUAGCAGAGGAAGGAUUCACACACGCUGAUCGUCACAUAACUCCGCCGUGUUCUUUGGUGGAAUAAUUAAUCUAAUUUACCUUCAUUCUUUCAGUGCUCUAACGGAUCUGGAUGCAACAGUUUCCAUCAUGGUGAUCUGUCUGCUCUGUUGUCCGCUCAUUUCAGCCGUUCUAAUACGUUUCGUGUUUUUAAAAAAAGUGGUAUCCAUCGAUAAUUCUUUUCUUUUUUUUGUAUUCCACCACAAUAUUGCACGGUUGUAAAACAGUUUAGCUCCGCUUUGGUGAAGAACAUCAGUGAAUUAAUUGUUGAUCACGGUCUUCAGCAGUAAUUUUUGUUGGUAAAUGAGAGACAUUAGUAUCUCACAUGUUUGCAUCUUCAAACCAUAAACAGGAAGUGAAUUCGGUGACCUACAUGCAUUAUGUUUGUGCUGGGGACUGCUAUGAUUGGUGGAACUCACGGGAGGCAGGCCAAAAUUGCGGGAAAGUUGUGGUGAUUGGGAAAAAAAUUGCAAGGCCGCGCAAAAUUCGCGGAGAUUGGUUGAUUUUGCGUGAAUUCGUGUGAUCGCAACAUCGCAAAUUCCUGGAGGGACUGGUAUACCUUAUAUUUUUCAUUGUUUUCACACUGAAAGAGAACUAGAUAUGUUUGUUUUCUCUUUACUAUGAAAAGUUAUCAAAUAUACAGACGUCAUGAUUUAAAUGAUAUUUUGAAACGGAAUUAAGUGACGUCAACAUGAAAUCAGAACCACGUCAACUCAGUGAUUUUUGAAGCUCCUGUUUCCAAACUCACAAAUAAACAUUCUUUUGAAUAAAUUCUGGUUCAGUGACUUUUCAGUUCAAUUUUAUUCUCAGUAGUAAGGCUUCAGGGCUUUUACUUUGAAACUCAAAAUAAUAGGGCAAUACAUCAUAGCAAAGAGAACACAGCAUUGUGUUUCUUUGACUAUAUGCUGUACAAAAAUGGACAAAAACUGAUCUGAAGAAUCUAGUGAAUUUAUAAUCGAGACUGGUGGAAUUAGGUGAUUUUGAUGUAAUAGUACGAUUUUAAAGCUUGGAUUUGCCAAAGUGAGUAGCUCAAGGACUAAUGGGAAGUGCAAACCGAUAAUUCUUUCAGAUUGUACAGUUUUUGCUUACAGCUGAGUCAGGUGUUGCUCUUCAGGCGUGCUGAUGAGCGAAAAAUCUUUAGUAUUUUACAGCUUUUCUGGUGUUUUAUGGUGAAUAUAUCAGACGAAACAAAAUUAAAAUGCCACUAUUCCUCGUGUUUCUAUGCUUUCCUAGUGAUAAAUGGUGUCAUUUCUGCGAUUUUUCUUGGGAUUCAGAGGGUUAAAGGAUCACUCAGACGUAUCCAUUCCAAACUUUUUUUUAUUUUUCUAGACAUUCAGGGAAACAAUGUGUGCAAACAGUGUGUAUUAGGGCAGAUUUUUUGUUUUCAAACUGAAACUGACAGUAAGAAUCUGGAAGUAGCUGAGCUAAUCACAGAUAUAUUCAUCUGCAGAAUUAUUCUUCAGCAUCAGAAACACUGCUUAGCAGAAGGUGACGUCUUCAAAUGUCUCAUUUUGUUCAAAAAUAUUCCGUUUUGUGAUACAAGGCGAAGAAAAGCAGAAAGUGUACAAAUACUUUUGCCGACUAUACGACUACUCGCCCGUUAAUUAUUUCCAGAAUGAAUAGUGAACGUUUCCUUCUUUUUUUCAAGUCAAGGAUUCCCACAUACAGCAGCCCAACAGUUAUUGACUUUUAACUAUUUAUUGACCUGUUGGGGCCUGAAGAAUCCUCUACACGCACACGUUGAAUCAGGUUUUAUUGGAUUAAAGGGUUUAUUGACCAUUAAUAAAGAAAAGCCUUUGAAAACACAGAUUUACUGCAAAGUGGCACCUGAAAAUAAUGAAGGAAAACUGUUGGAAAAUACGUUAACUGAAUCUGUAAUCCGUGUUUUACUGACUUUUACUGAUCAGUUUCAUCAGAAGAAACUCUGGGAAAUUAAAAGUUUUUAGGAAGUUUACAGGAAACUUCUGCAUGCAAACUUGAAUGCAGAUGUUACGAGAACUGUGCUAGAAAUAAGGUCAGAUCUGCUGAGUUUGUUACACUACGUCUUCUGGUGAAACUGAUCCAGUAAUCACUUUUUAAUGCAGACGGAAGUUGAACUUGAAAAAAGAAAGUCGGCGAAAACAGACGCCUGCUGGAAUUAACUGACAGAGUUGAUUAUUAAUUCAAAACUGCUUUUAGAUUUCCACUGAUUUGUUUCCCAGCAGAUUAAUGCAGAAAAUGAACCCUGAUGACUAGUAUAGAAAAACUGAAGGUUUUAAAAUUAUUUCACAAGUUCAUCGCUUCUGUAAAUUUAAGAUAUGAAGAAAAGUGAAUUUAUGUAGCAGUUUACGUGAAACAAAGUCUGUAAUUUGGCAUGAAUUAUGUAGAAACACCUUGACAGAAGAACCUUGUUUAGGGUUAAAUGCAUUGAAUUCUUUUUUAAUUCUUCUCCAUACAUAUCUUGCUUUACACUGUCUGCAGUUCAGCCAAAAGCUCAAUUUUUGUCACAUGACUUUGUCGUAGCCGAAUCACUGAGGGGCGCAGUUUUUUUUUUUUUUUUUUACAGAAUGUGAUCUGAGAAAAUAGUUUUAAUUAAUUUAUAAUCGAGACGUGGGAUAAAGGAUUUUGAUGUAAUGGCGCGAUUUAAAACUUAGUAGUUCAUAGACUAAUGAAAAUUUCAAAAACUGAUGAUUCAGAAAAAAAAAAUUCUAUAUUUACUGAAAUGACACCAAUUUUAAGAAGUAAAAAUCUUUUGGAACUUGUGAGAAAGUUUUGCAGCUGUAAAAUACAACAUAUGAAGGUUUGAUCAGCGUUGAGAAGUCAAAUGUUCUAAAAUCUGGAUAAAAUCUGCAAAAACAAUAAUUAAAACUAUGAAAACUCAAAGUGACGAUGCGUUCACUGACUGCUAAGAGAUCUUCCUGAUUGUCUUUUCGUAGAAAACAUCUGUAGAAUUGAUUUUCUUUAUUGAUCCCAAAAAAACUGAGCAGAAUUUGCUGCUAUGUAGAAGCCUGAAGCUGCCAGGAAAAUAAAGUCCAAUGCAAUGAGAGAGACAAAAUAAUAAGACAUUAUUUUGUCCUAGUUAGAAUUCUUAAUCUGAUUAAAUAAACCAUAAUUUUGUUUUGUUUAUGUUGUAAUAAUUAAAGAAUGAUUUCUUAUAUUUAUGACUUCCUAUCUUAUUUUAACACACAAGUGAAAAGUUUUAACCUCAUAUUUAUGACUCAAAGUCUCAAAAUAAGAAUUCUAGUAAUUUCGACUUCCUGGAGUUAAUUCUGUUAUUGUGUCAGUUAAUCAUAAUUCAAUGUGUAUGUUCAGAUUUUUUUCUUUUCUUUGAUUUAAAGAAACAUGAAAAGUCAGAAAUGUAACUUAUUUCAGAUUUCUGAGUGUGUGUCUCAUAAUUUCUACAAAAACUUUUGUUUAAGUUUUGUAUUUAUGGCUUUGGUGCAUCAAAAUGAUAAAUAUCAGAGUCUGAAUCUAGACUUUCUACCAUUAAAAAUGGGUGUUUUUUCUGGUAGUUUCCAUAGAAACCAGAGGCCUGUUUAACAUUUUAAAUCUGCUGUGGAAACAAACGCAAACAGAAAUCUAAAACCCUGAAUGGAUUUUAAGAGGACAAAUUAGAGCCGUGUUGUGACUCCGCUGAUUCUCAGACGGUUUAAACUUUGUGUUCGUCUCGAUUCUCUUCUUGUUUGAUCAGACACAAACGUUUUUGAGGUGAGGUGAAAUCAGUAACUCGUCCUGUUUUUAAUGAGCGUCUUUAAAACCACGGUGAAUAAAACUGCUAACAUCUUAGAGUGAAAACUGUCUGAAAGCGGUUUUACAUUAAAACAUUCAGCCCUAACUUUCCCAACAAGACUGAGUGUUUCAGGCGUCGCCACUUAUUUCUGUCAUCGUUGGGUAUUUUUUAAAGUUCUUUUUUCUUCAGUGUGACCGAAGGACCGCCAUGCCAUGCUCUGUUCAAGCUUUGUAUUUAAUUUGUCUUCCUGUCAAAUUGUCAAUAAAAACAGAAUCUCA